UAUCGGAAUGUUAGCGUUGCACGACAAGCAAGCACGAAUACGGGCAACGCCGUGCCCUACUGCUCGUUUAGGCGUCCGUGCUAGGCGAUGUCGAGCCUUGGUGCAAAGGAGUGGUGCAACGCAAUCCACGACUCCCGAAGCGUCGUUGGGCGAUUCCAAGGGUCGCGACGGGGCAACAACCUUACCUCAACCUGCCAACGAAGAGCCAAACUGGGGCGAGGAGCUAUACUGGGAUUGGAAAUAUGAUUCACAAGUUUGCUACCGGCAAGUUGGCGAGUCUGGUCCGGCCCUCCUGAUGGUCCAUGGUUUCGGGGUGGCCGGCUGGCACUUCCACCGCAACUGGGAGGACCUGCAGCGGGACCACCGGGUAUGGGCGGUGGACCUGCUGGGGCAAGGUCGCAGCUGGCCGCGCCACCCGGUGCCCCCCAGCGCGGGGCUGUACUACAGCGUGGACACGUGGGCCCGCCAGCUGGAGGCCUUCCUGGAGCAGUGCGUGGGGGAGCCGGCGGUCGUGGUGGGCAACUCGCUGGGAGGCUACUUGGCUGUGAUGCUUGCUGCUCGCCGGCCGGACCUGGUGCGCGGACUGGUGCUGCUUAAUGCGACGCCCUUCUGGGCUUUCCGGCCCCCUCGCGGGUCUGCGGGGUCGCGGGGACUGCUGUGGGCGGCGCUCGACCGGGCAGUGGAUGGCUCCGUGCCUGUGCCCGAGCCCCUGAAGGCCCUCAUCCAGCGGCACUGGUGGGACACGCUGCGCUCCCCCGCCACCAUCAGCGCCAUGCUGCAGGUGGUGUACGCCGACAAGUCGCCGCCCGACCCGCAGCUGGUGGGCCGCAUCCUGGAGGCCACGCAGCACCCGGGCGCGCUGGACGCAUUCACAUCCAUCGUGCUCAGCCCCAAGGCGGAGCUCAGCUUUGAUGACCUGGUGGACCGCGUCAGCUGCUCGGUGCUGCUGCUGUACGGCAAGGAAGACCCAUGGGUCCGCCCGCUGUGGGGGCAGCGGCUGAAGCGCCGCCUGCCGGGCGCCACGUACCUGGAGCUCAGCCCAGCCGGGCACUGCCCGCACCAUGAGGCGCCCAGGGCGGUGAAUCGCGCGCUGCGAGCCUGGGUGGGGGCUCUGGAGGGGGGCCGGCAGACGGAGGAGGCGGGACAGGGGUCGCAGGAAGCUGGCUCGGGGCCGGGGCUGGGGCUUGGGUUGGUGCUUGGCGAGAGCUGGGAAGUGGAGGAGGCGGAUGGGAGGGUUGUGCGUGUGACCCAUAUCGACGGGCGGCCGCGCGACUGGAUGGAGUGGCUGGACUUGGCAGUGUGGAGUGUGCUGGGGCGCGCACUUGGGGCGGUGGGGAACUAGGGCAGUGGGGUGCUGUGAGGCGCCAGCGAGUCACGAGAGGAUCCAGGCGGGAGACAGGAAGGCACGGCAGACGCAAGACACUUUAGGUAUGUAGCCGACAAGGCUCUGCGACGAGCGCGAGUUUGAAUUGGUAUGCAAAAGCAAGAAGCGGGGGUUUGAAGAGAUCGAGAGUAUUGUCAGGUUUUUGUAUGCAUGCCAUAGUCGCGGCCAUACGCGUGCAGAAGGUGCAUAGAUACUGCAAGAUGUUGCAGGGCUUUUACGCGACACUAUUUUCCUAUCCAGCUUUACCGACCCCAUGCCUCUACGCCGUUGUACACGCGGCUGUGCAUGCCUGGCCCAUGUUGGGCUCCCCUCGCGGAUGACAGGAGAUUAACAUGUCAUGCCCCAUUAGGGUAGGCCAUUAAUAUUGAAGCAAUCCCUAGCAACAUUAUGCAGUUUUGAAGGCGUACAUUCAGGUGGUCGAAAUUGUUUCGCCAUGACGUCUGGUGCCGAAAUGCAUGGCCGUAGCAAUUGGCACAGGAGAGGCGGCCAUGCGCAUAGGUUUUCCGACAGGGAGGAAUGAGCACGCUCAUAAUUAUGCACUGGUGCAAGGAAGCGCCGACAGUGCUGUGCAAUGCUGCAUGGGGCUGAAAGUAGGGGCUGAAAGCAGGGGAGGUGGAAGCGGGCCCUGGAGACUGCAAUGGAGGACAUAUAAAGGUACACGUGGGGAUCUGUCCGCGCUCUGAAGGCAUGUCGUAUCGCAAGGCUUUGCACAUCAGGGCUUUGAGUACGGGGUAUUGGAUCUGUGCAGCAGCGGGGACAAUAGCACUAUCUAGCGCUAGCGGCGUGCGGAUGGGGCCUCUGGCAUCUGCCGCAGAUCCGGAGGGCAUGUCUGCUCGCAUCCACGCUUGUUGUUGGGCAGUGCGGGGACUGCAUGGACGCGUCGGGCUUUUGUCAGGACGUGUGGGCGCCGGAUGGUUCAGCAGCGCGAGUAUGCCUGCGCUUGCAGGCGCCGGUAGGUGAACAACGCGUGGAGGGAUGCCUCCCCAUGCCCUACCCCGGGCUGAGCCUGCUGUGUCUAUCUGCCUAUCCCCGUGCAAGUACGGCCUCCCCG